CUGAUGUAAGCCUCUAAAUGGCAACAUCACAGGCACAGGCAGCUAUCAAAGGGAAAAGGGAAGGUUUGGAAAUGGAGAUACAAGGAAUAGGUUAUUCUGCUGGUCAUUCCUCAUCAUCGGGAUCAGCCAGUCCUCAUUCUAGUGAUUCAGAGGAAGACGCGAAGAAAGCCAAUGAUAUCCAAAAAAUGGAACACAUCAUAUUUGCGCUACGUAGUAAAAUUCGAUUAGAUGCUCAAAAUUUUCAAGAGGAAAAUGACAAAAUUCGUGAUGAGGCAAGCCGAAAAAUCAAAGAGUUGAAAGAAUCUUUAGAUGAUCGAGAGGAUGAAAUAGCAGAAAUGCAGAUACAGCACAAAAGAGAAAUUCGCGAAAAAAUAAAGCAAAUUGAAGAGCUCGAAAGAAACAUUCAAAAAGCCGAAAAGGGUAUAUCUCUUCUUCAAGAAACCAACAAAGAACUUUUAAAGCAUAAAACUGAGCAAUCUGGGGAGCGAGAAAAGGUAAUGUCGGAGGUGGCAGAGCUAAAGAAGGAAUUGCAUGAUGUCUACCAAAGUCUGGAACAAAUGAAGAAAGAAAUGAAAGAUAUGGAAAACUCCAAUGAACAAUCAAAAGACCUGAAGGAAUCUAAACGAAAGAAAAGCAUCAGUGAUGGCAAAAUCGAAAUGUUGGGAGCUGAUUUAUUGAAAGCAAAUUCUGAAAUUAACAGACUGAUUCAGCUACAUUCUAAAGAAAUACAAAAAGUUCGUACACAAUAUAAGAAAAUUAAGUCACAAAAUGAUGGUCUUAAAAGCGAUAUAAGCGAGCUACUAGCAGAAAUGAAAGAAAUGCGCAAAGAAGUGAAAGAAGUCAAGGAAUACCAAAUGCCACGGGAAAUAAAAAAUGACAAAGGUUUAGAUAUGGAGCUCAAAGGAAAGGGUUAUCCUAGGGGUUACUCUUUAUCUUCGGGGUCGGCUACGCCUUUUUCUAGUGAUUCAGAAGAUGACGUUGGGGAAACCACUGAUAACCAAAAAAUGGAGGACAUCGUAUUUGCUCUACGUACUAAAAUACGAUUAGAUGCUCAAAAAUUUCUGGAAGAAAAUGAACAAAUUCGUCAUGACGCAAACCAAAAAAUAAAAGAAUUGAAAGAAUCAUUUCAAAAUAAGGAGGAUGAAAUAGCAGAAAUUCAGAAAAAUCAUAAAAGAGAUAUUCGCGAAAAAAUCAAGCACAUUGACGAGCUUGAAAAAAAUAUUCAAAAAGCCGAAGAAGGUAUAACUGUUCUUCAAGAAACCAACAAAGAACUUCUGAAGAAUAAAACUGAACAAUCAGAGGAAAGAAAAAGAGGAAUGGCGGAGGUGGUGAAGCUUAAGAAGGAAUUGCAUGAUGUCUACCAAAACCUUGAACAAAUGAAGAAAAAUAUGACUGAUAUGGAGAGCUCCUCUGAAAAGGCAAAGAGCGACCUGAAGGAAUCCUUAACAAAGGAAAGCACAAGUGAUAGCAGACUGGAAAAGUUGGAAGCGGAUUUAUUGAAAGCAAAUUCUGAAAUUAACAGACUGAAUCAAAUGCAUGCUAAAGAAAUACAAAAAGUUCGUGAACAGUAUAAGAAAAUAAAGUCCCAAAAUGACGGUCUCAAAAGCGACAUGGGACAGUUACUGGCAGAAAUGAAAGAAAUGCGCAAAGAAGUGAAAGAAGUCAAAGAAUUCAAACUGCCACAGGGAAGUAGAAAAUGA